AUGGACACUGUGCGUCACGAGGAGGUUUUAUACUCGUGGCUGUCGGAGCACAAGCCACUGAUGCUUUGCGGUCCUCCUGGUUCUGGAAAGACCAUGACCCUGUUCAGCGCUCUUCGCAAGUUACCCGAUAUGGAGGUUGCUGGCCUCAACUUUUCCAGUGCGACAACCCCUGAACUCAUACUCAAGACAUUCGAGCAAUAUUGUGAAUACCGCAAGACUCCCAAUGGUGUGAUUCUCGCCCCGGUUCAGAUUGGCCGCUGGCUUGUAGUGUUUUGCGAUGAGAUCAACUUGCCCGCGCCGGACAAGUAUGGGACCCAGCGCGUUAUUUCUUUCAUCCGUCGAUUGGUUGAAAGUGGUGGUUAUUGGCGAACUUCCGAUAUGGCUUGGAUCAAGCUGAAGCGUAUCCAGUUUGUUGGGGCUUGUAACCCACCCACUGAUCCUGGUCGAGUUCCGCUCACCCAUCGUUUCCUCCGUCAUGCGCCACUGGUCAUGGUCGACUAUCCUGGAGAAGUUUCCCUCAAACAAAUCUACGGGACCUACAACCGCGCGGUUCUCAAAGUUGUUCCCAAUCUACGGGCUUACGCGGAGCCUCUCACCGAUGCCAUGGUCGCAUUCUAUCUCGCGUCGCAGAAACGCUUCACUACAGACGUGCAAGCCCAUUACGUCUACAGUCCACGUGAACUGACUCGUUGGGUUCGUGGUAUUUACGAGGCAAUCCGGCCUCUGGAAAUCCUGGCAGUCGAAGGGCUUGUUCGUGUCUGGCUCAUGAAGCACUUCGAUUGUUCCAAGAUCGACUUGUAA